AUGACGGACAGUGAAGCAGAUACUGCAGAGUCGCAGCCACCUACGCCGCGCGCGAGGAAGCGCGCCUCGGUGACCGCGGUAGACCAGCCCGACGUGUGCCGAGUGGGCGUAAAGGUACCCCCGUUUUGGCCCGAGAAACCGGCGAUUUGGUUCGCACAACUCGAGGGCCAGUUCGUUAUUUCACGAAUAACGGAUGACACCACGAAGUUCUACCACGUCAUCGGGCAGCUCGAGCACCAGUAUGCGGCAGAGGUCGAGGACAUUAUCACUUCGCCUCCCGACACCGACAAAUACGAGAAUCUGAAGGCGGAGCUGCUCAAGCGGCUGUGUGUCUCCAAGGAGAACAAAGUGAAACAGCUGUUGAUGCACGAGGAGCUGGGCGACCGCAAGCCCACACAGUUCCUGCGUCACCUGCGUCACCUCGGUGGUCCUGACGUUCCAGAGGACUUCCUCAAGACCAUCUGGACCAGCCGACUCCCCAGCAGCAUGCAGACCAUCGUGGCUUCCCAGGCGACCUCCAGCCUCGAUGCGCUGGCUGAGCUAGCGGAUCGUAUCCACGACAUCGUGCCAGGACACCACCUCUCAGCCGUAGCCAGCUCAAGGCCAACGUCGGCAAUGGAGGAGAUGGCGAAGCAGAUCGCAGCGUUGACGAAGCAGGUCAGCGCACUCACUGCCCACGUCCACGGCGACCGAUCCCGAUCCCGCGACCGACGACCACCGCAGCGACGCGACCGCCGAUCACCUUCGACCCGUUCCCAGUCCAGCUACCGGAAGCACCCGAUCUGCUGGCACCACUGGAGGUUUCGGGACCAGGCGAAGCGGUGCAUCCAGCCCUGCGACUUCACGGCGGGAAACGGCCAAGAGGGCCGGAAGUAG